UCAGAUAAUUCAGGUUACUAGUGAGCGUGAGAGGGACACGUUUGACACAAGAUGAAGAUUAUUGAAAGUCUGCAAGUAGAGAUGGGAGCAGACCCUCUCCCCAGUCCUGUGCAGAAAUAGGAAGUGGCUGCAAAUUGGCUGCUAAGGAGCCGCCUUGCAGUGCUUUAAACACAAGCAGAACAACCCCCCAGCCUGAUAUUUAUCCAGGGUGGCCAUGAAAGAGAAGGAGAUGAUGUUUUGGAAUGGUAACUGAAUGGAAAUCUGGGGAGAUGCAGUGAUGAAGGGUUAAUACAGGGCCAAAUUAUUCCUGUGAAAAUAGAGAUACUUGGUACCUCAGAGCCAUUAGCAGAGGCACGUUAGCAGGCACAAGAUUCUCUGUGCUGUACUGUAGGUGUCUGUGUUCUGGUGGGACACUUCCAUCCUCUGGAUUUGUGCCCAUCUGGUUUGGGUUGCUCUUUUUGGACUCUUUGCAGGUUUGGGUUUUUUUGCCAAACAAACGGCCCUGGCCCUUGUUCCUUUGAGUCAUCUACAAACACCUCCAGGCAAAUUUUCUUUUAGGAGCACAGCUACCUCCCACAGGAGGGGAGUGGUUUCAGGUGGAAGCUGGGAGGAGGAAAGAUUGCAACACAAAAGAGCAAAGGAAUAUGGGAGGGAGAAUAAAUUAAUCUUACCCUGAGAAUCUCCCUGUUUUACACCCAGAAGUGCCCGGUGCUGCCGCACCUUCCCACGGUGCCCGGGCAGGGAGUGCUGACUCCAGCACUGAGAGCACUCGGAGCACUCUUGGCCUUGCAGGCCAAGCUGGGAGGAAGGAAUUGGCCUUGCCGUGCUGGGAAGACUUUGAGAAACUCACCCUCCACCCAGUUUUCGAGAAGCAGAAGGGAAUUUCUCUUGGCACGGGAGCACGGACGGGUGUCCCCGAUGCGCGGCCGCGCCUGGGCGGGUGCUGUGCUCGUCCUUGGGGCGCAGCUCCCAGCACUUUGGCUGGCAGCAGCAGUGGAAGUUUACACCUCGGAGGAGGUGGUUGCUGUGAACGGCACAAACCAGCGGCUGAAAUGCACCUUCUCCAGCAGCAGCCCCGUCAGCCCCCAGCUCUCGGUGACCUGGAACUUCCAGCCCGAGGACCUGAGCUCCCACGAGCCGGUGUUUUACUACCUGAAGGAGCCCUACAAGCCGCCCUCGGGGCGGUUCAAGGACCGGGUCACCUGGGAUGGGAAUGUGGAGCGUAAGGACGUUUCCAUCAUCAUCUGGAACCUGCAGCCCACCGACAACGGCACCUUCACCUGCCAGGUGACCAACUGGCCAGAUGUUUAUGGCUCCAUCGGGGAGGUGCGGCUCCGGGUCGUGCACAAAGUGAGUUUCUCAGAAAUCCAUUUCCUGGCUGUGGCCGUCGGAUCUGCUUCUGUCCUGAUGGUUGUUGUGGUGUUAGUUGUGAUUAUCUGUCGACAGCGACGCCAGAAAGCGCAGGAGAAGAGGACUGGGGCGUCAGACACUGAACUUAAAGAAAAGGAGAGCCUGAAGAUGAGAGAAGAAAAGGAAGCCAGUCCAUUGGAAGACUAAAGGUCUAAUUGGUGUAAAUAAUGCAGGUACUUCCAAAGCAGAUGGUGAAAGCUUGUAAUUUGGGUUGUUUAGAACAAAGGUGAAUUACAGACGCCCCACGCUGUGAGUGUGGUACCUCUGUUCGACCUGAAAGUCUGGCAAGGAAAGAGGGUGACACUGCACGAGUUGUGAAUUCCCUUCAGCAGAGCAAAGCAGGAGGAACUUGCUCCACGAACAAGGACCUUCACCUUCACACCUGCGGAAUGUGAAGGAAGUUGCUCUUGAGAUGAAAAAACGCCAAAAGAUUUGAACAAAGCGCCAAGAUGUGUGACUGAGUGAGGAUUUGGAAGUGUUUGAGCAGAUGCACUCUUGCACCUUAAAAAUCACAACGUGCCUUUGUGUUGCCCUGUUUUUCCUCCCCUGAGAUCCUCCCUGACAUCAUGAAAACAGAGACUGACCAGAGAGGGAGCAGAGAAGCAGCCAGUUGCUUCAACAAGUGUACUUUAAAUCUCUUUUUUACUUUAAAUGGACUGUGUUAGAGCUGGGCAGUGUGUGCUGUUUGUUAUUAGGGGUAACAUUCACCAGUCAGUGUGGUUUUCACAUCCAUCUCUUGCAGCUUUGGGGGGUUUUGUAACUCUGGAGGGGUUGAGGUCACUGCCUUCUGUGGCUCCCUUCCUUUUCCUUCUCCCACUCCCAGCACUGCCUCGUGUUCCCUUUGGCUCCAGCCCCUCACCCUUUCUCUCUAAGCCAGGAUGCUUCUUUCCCCCACUCAGCAGCCCUACACCCACUGCCACAGGCACCCCA